AUUGGAAAUGCACGGCGAGAGCGAGAGGUAGAAGAGGAGGUGACGAAGUUGGUGGUCACCGACAUUUGUAUUUUCCGUUCCAACUUCAACAUACGAACUCUGAGCAUUCAAUUCCAACUGAGGAAAAAUGAUGAGGCUGAAGACAUAUGCGGGUCUUAGUUUGAUUGCAACCCUGGCUAUUGCAUAUCAUGCAUUUAACAGUAGAGGCCAGUUUUAUCCGGCCAUGGUGUAUCUGUCAACUUCCAAGAUCAGUUUGGUGCUUCUUCUCAACAUGGGUUUGGUCAUUAUGUGUAUUCUGUGGCAAUUAACAAAAAAGGUAUUCCUGGGCUCCCUCCGAGAGGCUGAGGUCGAGAGGCUUAAUGAGCAAUCAUGGAGGGAGGUUACGGAAAUCCUCUUUGCAAUUACUAUUUUUAGACAGGACUUCUCUGUUACUUUCCUUGCGAUGGUCACAGCACUAUUGUUAAUCAAGGCUUUGCAUUGGUUGGCUCAAAAGAGAGUCGAGUACAUCGAGACCACUCCUUCAGUCCCCAUGUUGUCCCAUAUUCGAAUUGUAUCUUUUAUGGGUUUCCUUCUUCUUCUCGAUAGCCUUUUCUUAUACAGUUCUACGAAGCAUUUGAUAGAAACGUGGCAGGCUUCAGUUUCACUAUUCUUUUCUUUCGAGUACAUGAUACUGGCGACAACCACGGUUUCAAUUUUCAUAAAAUAUAUUUUCUAUGUCAGUGACAUGCUUAUGGAAGGACAAUGGGAAAGGAAACCGGUCUUCACAUUUUACCUUGAACUUAUUAGGGACUUGCUUCACUUGUCUAUGUAUCUGUGCUUCUUUCUUGUAAUUUUCGUAAACUAUGGUAUUCCCUUGCACCUAAUACGGGAGCUGUAUGAGACAUUUAGGAACUUCAAAGUUCGUGUUGCGGAUUACAUACGAUAUCGUAAGAUCACUUCAAAUAUGAAUGGUCGAUUUCCAGAUGCAACCCCUGAAGAGCUUAAUGCAAGUGAUGCAACCUGCAUUAUCUGUCGUGAAGAGAUGACUACAGCCAAGAAACUUUUAUGUGGACAUCUUUUUCAUGUUCAUUGCCUCCGAUCAUGGCUGGAGCGGCAGCAUACUUGCCCUACCUGCAGAGCCUUGGUUGUACAACCAGAAAAUGGGACAACUGCUGCUGGAGGGCAGCAAGGAUCACAGUCAGAUGGUCAUAGACAGGGAAUUGGAAGCACAGCUCAGACUGAGGAUGGCAGUGGGGUGGCAACUGAUAGUUUGAGUCGGCAUCAAGCCAGACUCCAAGCGGCUGCAGCUGCAGCUUCAAUUUAUGAGAAGUCUUAUGUUUACCCCUCUGCAACUUCUUUAGUAUGUUCUCCCGGGUACACUUUUUAUCCCCCGGUUCAAAUACCUAUGGCUGAAACUACUAAUUCUGAGCUUAAUGGAGAACAAGCUUCACGUGAACAGGCACAAAAUCAGUUUCUUAUCCCUGGUGGACCGUCAAAUGUAUCCUUUCCUCCAAUGGGACACUUCCAUUUUCUACCUUCCCAACCACAUGCAGCCCCGGUGAAUUAUGGAGAGGAGUUUGGAAAUGAUCCAAACAUCCUAAGAUCUCCGCUGGAAGCUCAAAGAAAAUUUCUUCAAUACCAGAUUGAGAUUCUGCAAAAUCAGCUCCAGAUUCUGCAGAGGACGAAGACUGAAAAAAGUAUGGAUGACGGUACAUCAUCAUCAGAUAGCAGAGGCAAGCUUAUACUUUCCUCGUCAUCUGUAUCUGGUCAAGACGGAAAAGCAUAAAGUUGGCUGCAUAUUUCUGUUUUAUACCAGCUGACUGCCAAAUGUAGAUAGAUAUAGGAAGAGGGAAAUACAGAAAUCACAGCAUUGCUCUAAUGUGACAUCUGUUCUUCGUGAUACUAAUCUUGUAAAUGCAUAGUGCCCUUAAAAGUGAUUAAUUUUGGCUUUUUUCAUUAAAUCUGGAAUGUUUGAUUGU